CCACGCCCCCCUCCCUCCCGAGCGGCGCGCCAGGACCCGGCGGGCCCGAGCGGCGGCGGCGGCGGGAGCCCGGGAGGCGGAGGCGGGCGGAGGGAGGUGGCGGCGCGCGGAGACGCAGCAGCGGCAGCAUGUCGGCCGGCGGAGCACCAGUUCCGCCGCCCCCGAAUCCCGCCAUGUCCUUCCCCGCGCCGCGGGUCACCCUGCCUGCCGGCCCCGACAUCCUGCGGACCUACUCGGGCGCCUUCGUGUGCCUGGAGAUUGUGUUCGGAGGACUCGUGUGGAUCCUAGUCGCCUCCUCCAAUGUUCCUCUACCUCUGUUGCAAGGAUGGGUCAUGUUCGUGUCUGUGACAGCUUUUGUCUGUUCCCUUCUCUUCCUGGGCGUGUUCCUCUCUGGCGUGGUGACUCAGAUUAAUGCCAAUUGGAAUUUCCUGGACUUCGCAUACCAUUUUACAGUCUUUGUAUUCUACUUUGGAGCCUUUUUGCUGGAGGCAGCCACCACGUCGCUGCACGACCUACGCUGCAACAGAACCAUGACCGUGCAGCCACUCCUGAGCGAUAACCAGUAUAACAUAAACGUGGCGGCCACACUCUACAGUCACUUCCAUUGUCACAGAAAUAAUCUGCUCCAUCCUCGGGCCCUGAGAGCUGCACUGUGUGUGGCUGUGAGAUCACUGUGCAGAUUUUUGCCUUUGUGACGACAGCUUGUUAUGGUUGCAGUUUGGGGCUGGCUUUACGAAGAUGGCGACCAUAACACUCCUUAAAGAUGAACUGCUUGUGUGUUAGUUUCAUUUGUGUACUUUUUAUGUCUUGAUCAAUUUGGGUACCGUUUUGUUCAGAUAUAGCAAUAUCCCCAAAAUAAUUUGUUUGGUAUAUGGAGAGAAUCUAAGUAUAAGUUUGGUUCAUUUCAUGGAUGGAAAUUUUAUUAUGAUGUUAAACAGAGAAAUGGCCUUUAGUUUUACAUUUAUCUCUCUUUUUUUUUCUCAUUUUAAAAAAAAUUUCCCUUUACAUCUAUAAAAUACAUAGACGUCAUUCAUGAAAAAGGGGUAUCUCUUGUAUUUAGUUGCCAAAUCACCUGAACCUUAAUUUUAAUAGGUAACUAAAACUCCCAAAGAAAAACACAUUUAAAAUAAGAUUCCCACUGAACUCUGUGUUUUAGUGUAAAAUGGAGAUCAGCAUUCUUUUUCUCUAAAUGUACAGAUAGUAAAUAUUUUAGGCUUUGUGAGCCACACAGUCUCUGUCACAAGUACUCACCUCUGCUGUUACUAUGAAAACAGCCACAGACAAUAUGAAAUGAGUGAGCGUAGCUGUGUGUUCCAAUAAAUCUUUAUUUACAAAAACCAGCAGCCGGCUGGACUUGGCCUGUGGGCUACAGGCUGUUGUUUGCUGACCUCUGGUUUAAAACCUUGGUUAUGGGUUUUGUAUCUUAUUGAACUGAUCCUCAAAGGUCUAAAGUGAAUUCGACAAGCCGCAUAAUGUUUAGUCUCAUUCAGUAAUCACGUUGCCUCUGGGUUAAUGGUGAAACACGUACCCUUGACGCGGCUAUAGCAUCUCAAGCUAAUUCAAGCAGAGUCUUGAGUACAAGAAAAAGUAAUUUAUGAAGUGAACCCUAGUGGCUUAAUCCACCUAAGUGUUUUCCUAACAACUGAGCAAAAUGCUUACCUGGCAUUCUUAAAACGAGAGCCCCAGAGACCCCUAAGCCACUCCUGAAAUGGGUAUAUAGUGCCUGAUGUUUUACUUUGGGUUUAUUUAUGCUUCAAAUAGCAGUUGUUUGUCCUGUGCAUGAAUAGAUGAGUAUUUUUAUGUGGAUAUCUGAGGCUUUACCCAAUAGAGCUCUCCAAAGGGUAAACUUUUUACUUCUAAUUCUUUUACAUGACUCUAAUUCACACAGAACAUGAGAUGUAACUUAAAGUUGUAGAUUCUCAUCUAGAGAAUAGUCCUAUGUUGUUUUGCACUGGUGAGAAAUACAUAGACUCAGUUUUCAAGCAACAGUGGUCACAAAAGCUAUCUCUGGCUGAAGAGCACAGAAAAGUAUUUUAACCCACCUCGGAGACCCUGGUCAUGGCAAAGUGCCAAAAUGGCUUGAGAACAAGUUAGAGUUAGGCCCCAGCUCAUACCACCUGUCCAAAUGAGAUACUUAUCUCUUGCCCCAAGAGGGCUACCUCUGGGAAAAGAGGGCUUUUGAUUGUUUUAUACUUUCAGCCCUUUGUAUUUUGGUUGAAUCAUCCCCUACAAGUGCCAUGUGUAAGUUGAGCAGUUAAGAGUUCGUGGAACAUGGAACAGUCCUGAAUGAGCAGCAUAAUCAAUGCUCAGUGAUCAAAUGCUGUUUAUGUAAUAAUCCCUUAGGAAGAGGAAUCUUAUUAGGGUUUGGUUUGUGAUGUAACUGUAAAGAUAAAAGGUAUAUUUAAUAUGUGGCAAGAGGAAACCAGUCUUAUGACUUUAUCAUAGCUUUUCUAUAAAAAUCCAACUUCCUUGGUUUUUCCAGUUCCAUACCACACACUUAAACCUGUAUUAUAAAUGGUCUAUUACAAAGUCAUAAAUGUGCCAUAAGGAUAUAUCAUCCAUUCCGGCUGGAAUUGUUAAAAGUCUGCUAGAUUUAGUUGUGAGAUUCUAUUUUUAUUUCCAAGGUACAACAGGUCCAUGCUGCUUGGUGGCAUUAAAUUAAAUGAUUUCAUGAAACUGCCUUGGUGGCACUUUUAUAAAUGGAUUGCUUCUCGAUCAUAAAGAACCAAGCCUAGAAGUCAUUUAACUGUGAAUACUUAGAAUUGUAGAUUAAUCAUGAUCUAGAUUUGGGAGUUGACUGACAAAGCACUGAACAAAAAUUAUAGCAUUUGAGAAUUUCUUUGUAUACCUUAGCCGUAAAAAUGAGAAAGUGUUGGUUGGUCUUAAAAUCUGGUAACUCCAUGAUGAAAAUAAAUUUAUUUUAUAAGUGUUAUGACUCUAAUAAAGUAUUCAUUUGAUAAUC